AUGAAUGCCAAGACCACCGCAGCCAAUCCCGCCUCCGCGACUGAGACAACAGCCUACCUCAAACUUGUCAGCCUCGCCAUUCUCCCCUUCAUCGUGACAUACAUCCUCACCUCCUUCGGCAACAAGGGAUAUCAGCAUGGCCAAAGCGCACGAGAGCCCCCGAGGGUUCCGUACUGGAUUCCUUAUGUAGGAAACACAAUUGGCUUCGCUUUUUACACUGAGGGCUUCUUAUCGUCUAUUCUAUCCAAAUUCGGAAAUGUCCCGCUACGUAUCUUUGUCGGCGCAGAGGACAUGUACUUUAUUCCUCAUGGCCAGCCUAUCAUCGAGCUCUUCAAGGCGUCGCGACAUUUGACCACCAAAUCUCUUGGUGUCAUGACUGUUCGAGAUGCGUUUGGCUUGCCCGAGUGUGAUAUGCCGAUUUAUGUUGAUGACGAUUCUCAGUUUGGACAUGUUGACCCGCUGAAGAGGUUUGACUUUGUUCAGCAUCGUGAUUUGCAUGCUCUUUUGACAGGAGGGCCAUUGAAUUCGAUGACUGCAAAGUUUGUCGAGGUUUACUCUGAUAUUAUUGAGAAAGACACCAGGUUGAGUGAGAAUGAGUGGACUGAGGUCGAUGAUCUUUACGAGUGGCUUAAGAACAAUCUCUUCCGCGCUGCAGUAACUGCUCUGUGCGGCGACAAAUUUCUCGAAAUCUCACCAAGCUUCCUUGAAGACUUCUGGUUGUUUGACUAUCGUCUGCCCAGCCUAUUCAAGCGCAUGCCCAGGUGGCUUGUUCCGGGAAGUUAUGCAGCCAGAGACAAGUGCGUCGAGAGCGUGCUGAAGUACCAUGAACAUGGAAACAAGCUAUUUGACUUUACUGAUGAAGACGGCGUUAUCAAGAUGGAUUGGACACCAGAGUUUGGAACGAAAUUGAUGAGCGCUAGACAAAAGAUGUUCCAGAGCGUUGGGUUGACCCCGCGAGGUGGCGCUGCUCUUGACCUGGGGCUAAUGUGGGCGGUCAAUGCUAAUGCCAUUCCCGCCGGCAUGUGGAUCCUCCUUGAUAUCCUCCUCGACAAGGACCUGAAGGACAGAGUAAUGUCCGAGAUGCAGCCCUCAUUCAUCGACAAGUCUCUAUCCUUCGAUAUCGAAAAGCUCUGCUCCGGCCCCUUGAUCAAUUCUAUCUAUCUCGAGACAUUACGUCUUCGCGUUGCUUCACCCGUUGGUCGAACUUCUAUCAUCCCCAAUCUCAAAUUCGGCAAGUGGCAGCUGAAGCAGGGCGUCGGCAUGCUCUCCUCAUCAUGGGCUGGCGGCCACGAUCCCGACUUUUGGAACACUGGACAUGUACAACCUGGUGGAAUUGAAGAGCAUCCUGUCGAAUCGUUCUGGGCAGAGCGGUUCCUCAUCUACGAGAAUGAUCCAACCAGCGGCCCCGUUCGUCCAACCGCUGCCGCCGAAAAGCCUACAAAGCAAACCUCAGAGGAGGACCGUAAAGCACGGCCUACUAUUGAUGGAACGCUGGGAUAUUGGUAUCCUUACGGUGGUGGAACAAAAAUGUGUCCUGGUCGAUUCUUCGCCAAACAGGAACUCAUGGCUGCCGUAGCUGUUGCUCUACGUGCGUUUGACAUUGAACUUGUUGACCCCGAAGCGGCGAGUAAGGUCAGGCCGAACAUGGAUUACUUUCCGUUUGGAACUAUCCCGCCCAAGGGAAAGGUCGCGGCUCGGAUUAGGAGGCGAAAGCUCUAA